CUCGCGAAUAAGAUAUACCAUAUAAAAGUAAUGGCCCUGUUCGAUAUCGGUGCUGGAAGACGGACAACUAAAACGCGCGCCAACGCUUCAACGACGCCGACCAAGAUAUUUUUACUCUCAUAAUAACAACGAGGCUUCUGUUUAUUUCGCCCAUGCCACUAUACUAUUUUCCUCGGGGGCCUCUCUCUCGGCUACGCCACACCGCUUCGCCGCUCCGCAUAUUAUCCACGAACUCGCCUUGCCGAUAUACCCUGUACGCGACGUAGCAGCAGAUGCCAUCCGAUCGGAGUUCGGACGGAGGCGGCAGCUACGGCUUUUUCUUCUCCACUGUUUUACAAUACCCAGCAAUUCAUCUCCUCGUUUUGUCCCUCGCCGUAAACUCGUAACUUCCGCUAUACCUUGAUACGAUUCCGCCACAAAGCUACGCCUUGUUACACACCGUCGCUGCAGUCAGCCGCACGCGGUUCUAAAAUGAAAAGAAACAAAAAAACAGAAGAAAACCCCCCGCGAGAUAAACUAAAAAGUCGGGGUUUAGGGGUGGGUGCAAGAUCCGCAUCCGUUUUCCUUAUACAGACCUAAUACGCCUGCUGAUAUCCAGAUGUACAUGAUACAAGAUGCAUGAAUAAUAAGCAUAAUAAAGCGCGUCUUGUCACAGCGGGCGUAAUCUCCGCGAAGAAAAGAAGAAGGAUCCUUGUAUCGUUCAACAGGAAUUGCGGCCCUUAUUUUUUCAUCCUCACCCCCGACCGACGUAUAUACAUAUAUACGAAUAUAUCGUGCCUUCGCAUACCUGGGUAUAGGUAUAUACGUAUAUAUUCUACGUGUACAUAAACACGAACGUGCGGCAAUCUUUAUUGAAGCUUGCAACAAAUCUGCAACCCCCUCUUGAUCCCUCGGCUUAUCUCGCGAUUUGCGGAGCCGACCUUUCGCGUAUAUGUAUAUACAUGCAUACCCUGUACAUGGAAUAUGUAAUACAGGAAAGAUAUAUAUAUACAGAAUUCUUUCGGAAGCUCGCAGAGUACAUACUAUACGUGCACGAUAUACGUACACGCGAAUACGAAUCGCUCCAUCUGAAACGCGUGGGUAAAAAUUCUUACCCGCGGCAGCAACUUUCACGUAAAUCUCUAUAUGUAUUGUAUAAAGUAUACCCUUGUUGCCGAUCGGUUCGGUCAUCUGAAUUCACCGCAACCCUUAAAACUGGGUUGAAAUCUCACGCCGUAAAAUAUCUCGGGGCUGCUCAAUUGUAUAACAUAAUAAUUACUUUGCCGGUGAUCCGUAACGACAUGCGGUUCGAUGGGUAUUCCCGAAUACACAUAUAUGUACUUGUAUCCUUUUCCAUCACGAUUGUUAUUUCCAGGUACAACCAUAUAAUUGCACUGUUUUGCGAUAUACUUACGUGGCGUUUGUAUUUCAUGUUCUUUAUUUCAUGCCCAAUACCAGGGGGAAUAUAUAUUUAUAAAUAUAAAUCAUAAGGGGAAUAAAAAAAAAAAAAAAGAGUAGCAGCGUCGCACGUAACAUGGCGUGUCGUUGGACUUACUGCUGGUAGACCUUCCCGACUUCUCGCCCGUAAUGACGCCCAGAAAACGGCGUUCGUCGGACUUUGAGAAAAUUAUUCGAGUUACGAAGAAGGGUGUACCAGCCCAUGUGACGGUGCAGUUAAGGUCGAGUCAUUCGCGCAAGCGUCGAACGUCAUGUAUUCGAAAAAUCAUUUCACGCGUACGGUGGUCAUUUCGUCCCGAGUCACCCUUUUCCGUGGACUUCGAAAAUAUACGUAUACCUCAUCGCUGUAUCUCCUCGAUGGGCGCACACACGCAUUCGAAGAGAUAAAAUCGCCGCCGUUGUUGUUGCCGCUGGCAAAUUUUCAAGCGUUCCGGGGUGUCCGGAAUUCCGUCGGAGCAUUUACUGCACGGUAUUGUUGCCGUUUAGCGGGGUUCAAUCAUCGCGAAGUACCCAGUUCUCUGCCAGCCUUGACUCCCCCGUUCUAAAAUAAUACUUCUCUUCAACGAGCCUGUAGUAGAAACCCCUUGCGAUUCGCGUAAAAUUCAACCCUGAAAACUCUCCGGUAUAUAUAAGCAAACGUUUGUAAAAUUUACCAAAACACCCCGGGGGUUGGCGUUCUGGGUCCCAGCUGCUCUUAGUCGCUAAUGUACCGAAACUCUUCCCUCGCUCUCCUUCUUCCCCACAAAUUAUUACUUUAAACACCUACAUUAUAUAUUACAUCGAACGAUCUACUCAACGCCAAAUCGAUCGUCUCUCUUUCCGCGAGCGAGGGUAGAUUACACCGCCUGAGAAAAUAAAUGAGAAAAAUCUCCUUCGAACCGAUACCGCCGAGUCUUACUCAUGUCGGUAUACCCGGUAAUAUUAUCCUCCUGAAACGAAAUAAAUCUUAAUCCAUAACACGGUUGUACCUUUUCUUUGUUUGAGUUUGAUAUUAUUUUUCUUUUUUUUUCUAUUCUUCCGACAAUUUAUAACCCCCACGCGCCAAGGGUGUUCUUAGAGAGAAAUUUUCGGUGCCCUGUUCGUGGAUUACACACAUAAGGUAGAGAAGCGCAGGCGGGUGGGUUGAGAAGGUUGAGGGGAGUUGGGUUUUGGGGGGGGCGGAAGGGGGAGGGGGGAGGGGGGGGGGUACGCAUCGCGGACGCAGGACGCACAGGCGUAGAGACAGGGGCAUCGGCAUGGGCAUGUGUACAGCCGCCUGGCUGUACGGGAUUGAAUGGGCGAGGGGUGGUAGAUGUUACCUCCCUCCUUCCCAUCCGUUCACCGACCGACCGACCGACGGACCCCCUCCUAACGCCACCCAACCCCACGCCACCCACUUGCCACCCGACUGCCGCCGAGGAAACAACCUGCAACUCAACACCAGGAACACGAGGUUCUUCCUUGCCCAGAUAUUCAUUCCUGGUCUUACUUCUGUUUCACCUACUUGCUCAUUUUUACCCGAAUUAUACCAUGGCCCGUGAAGGGGAGGGUUUUCGGGCCCUUGGAAUAUUUCUAAGAAUACCCCAUGGGAGUAUACCUCGUAGUUUCAGGUAUAUAAACCUGAUCCUUAAGGUGGUCCUUAAUUUGGUAGGAGGAGAGGUAAAAGGUGGACCGGGAGGGUGAAGUGGGACCAUUAACGGAGUACCGAUUCUCGGAGCCUGCCGCAAACCGGGCGAAGUACCCGGGUCUGCUGGGUGGAUCGGUGCAACGGCACUGGGGGUGCAGGGGAUGGAGGGUAGCGGCGUUGGAAUCGGCAGGAUCGACUGCUACGAAGAUAUGUUCAAAGAGAUCACGAGGAAAUUGUACGGAGAAGAUCCCGAUCAUCGAACGUCGAGCAUACAAAACGAGUUCGAGACCUCCGCAUCGUACAAGAACAACACGGACGACGAUACGGCGAACGGAAACGAUGGAACCGACGACGCGGGCUGGACCUGCGCUGAAGAAACACCGGAUUGUAUAGAGGGUAGCCGCGUUGCCGCUUACCAUGCGGCAAAAGCUACCUGGAGAUGUUGCGAAUGCGGCGAAUGUCUCGGCGGUGGGCCCCGCGAGGUAGCUGAACAUUUCCUCGGACUCCAUCCCUCCAGGAUAUCCGUGGAUAACCACGGAGGACGCUCUGCCGAAUGUCGGAAAGAAUCCUUGGCCGAUCAACUUACCCACUACCUCGAACGAGUUCGAGAACGGGCAGAAAGACCCUCGCCCCCGGCCCGAAGAUCUCAAGAAACUCAAACGAUUCCUGCAGCCCUUUUACCCCCCUCAGCCAGUUUCCUUCUCCACGAUAUUCAUGCCGCGACGUCCACUCAGCACUCGCAUUUACAUCAGACUCCUGGUUCAGGAGGAACAACAGCGGGAGCUAGUGGGAAGAGAUACGCGUGUCCUUAUUGUCCGUACGGUACGGAUAGACGAGACCUCUAUAAUCGUCACGAAAAUAUCCACCGUGAAGAAAAACCCUUCCACUGUUACGUGUGCUACAAACCGUUCAACCGAGCGGAUCACGUGAAAAAGCACUUUUUGAGAAUGCAUCGAGAGCACAGUUAUGAGCUCGCCAGAAUACGUAGACCUACGGGAACGAGUUCGAAACCUUUGCAGGACCAGAGUAGCCCUGCGGUAUCCGGUGGUACCGCAUCUUCCGCUUCGCAUCAUCCCGCCACAUAUCCAACCCCGUAUAUCAACAUCAAGGGAUAUCAACUCCAUCCCACAUCCACGACUAGCCUGUAUCCCGCGCCGGGUAUUCCCGCGAGUGUUCCCCAAACUCCGAGUCGUAGAACGCAGAACGGGGGUUGCGACAGCAAAAGUCAUCUGAAGGGAGCCCUGAAGGGAGCACAAGAACGAAGGUACACCUGCUGCUAUUGUUCGUGGAGUGGCGUUGACAAUUGGUGUUUAAAACGUCAUUUGAAUACCCAUCUGAAACCGUUCGCUUGUGCUUUAUGCGAAUACAAAGCUGCGCGUGCCGAACGUUUAUCAACCCAUGUCCUGAAGGUCCACAACAGAAGACAAUGUUCGCGUUGUUCUUAUCUCGCCGAGGAUGCGGCUCAGCUUCAACUUCAUCAGUUACACGUACACCGGGUAACAACCGCCAACGCUCCAGCGGCUCCGCCAACCCCCCGUCAUCACCAACAUUUGCAACCUACCAGUGGGGGAGGACGACCACCUCCUGGUCCCCCUGUAUUUCCCGCGCCGGCUCCACCGACCGGUACCGGUAGCAUAAUACCUCCGACCACGAUUCUUGGCCACGAGAUGGUAGACGGUUUCUUUGCCGUGACCGCGGCAAAAUUAAAGUCGCAGGAUAAAUUAAUCUGCGAGAACUGCGGAUCCGAGUUUGCCAAGAGGACAGGAUUGAGGACUCAACGUGGAUCAACGUUCUCCGGAGAUGAACGAUGCAAUAAUCUACAGGCAACGUACUGUGAUAAAUGCAGCGCGUACCAAUUGGACGUUGGUACUUGUUCCGAAAUGAUAGACCGAAUUACCGAGAACUACUUGGAUUCCUGCAAUGAGAUUAAAAUAAAAAUAGAAAAAGACAGUACGAAUUCAAGCGCGGAUGAAAGCGUGCUAACUGGGGGUGAAAAACGCGCUCGCAAACAAAGAUGGCCGCAAAAAUUAUCCACCAACGACGUGCAAGCGACAGUUCCAAAGAUCCGAACCACCCCAACUAAAUCGCAGACCAACGAUCGAGACAGUCGCGCUAAAAUUGCAGAGAUACGAGAAAGAUAUUUAGCGCAGUUGGUAUCCAGAAAGGGUUUGCUACGGUGCUACCGUUGUUCGAAAUACGCGUCAGCGAGAGAUUCGAUGUGGGUUCCAUACCACACAAAAGCUUCUCUCGCUCUUCACAAUUUUUGGCGACAUUCUGACUCAAAGGAGUCUCGGAUAAGACGAAAAUUGCGCGAACUCCGAGAGCAGCCACGGUCAGUUACGUUACGAGCGACGGUGUACACGCAUUGCGGAGAUUCGUUUAGAGGACUUCGGUGACGCAGGUUGAAGAUCAUGGCUGAAGAAGCGAUGAUAUCGACCUUGGAACAUUUCAUUUUACAAUUUAAUGUAGAAAAACAGAACAUUUGAUACGGAAAUGGAAAUCGUAUUAUUAAAAAUGAAUAAUUCAACAGCGCAGCCUUCAGAUUUCUAACAAUGCUUCGACCAAUUUACGAAAGAAUGAUAAACGAAAUGAAAAAUAAAAAUUAUAAAAAAAAAAAAUAUAUAUAGGAAGUACACGAAUUACUCAGAGCCUGAGAUAAUAGUGUCGCGAUUAUUUUUAUCCCUUAUAUGCGCUAAUAUUUCAUACCUGAAUCAAUACGACUACGAUGAAGCUAUUAGAUUAAGUGCAUAUUAAUAUUAGGACAAACAGUUGUAAUUAUCGUUAAGAUUUCGGUUCAAUUCAAGCCAAGAUAUAAAAAUCUUGGUAGUUGUUACGAGUUGUUAGGAUUUUAAGUAAUGCGGCUGAUAAUCGCAGACGCUAUUUUCAUUUUUCGAAACGUGCAACGACCAUUUUUCUGCGAAAGCCUUGAUAAAAUAGUAAUAUGCGAUAUUGUUGUACCGUGUUAAGGUUUACCCAUAAUCACUCGGAGCAACGCUGACUACUUGUUAGCAUUUUGGAAAAUUAGAAAUGAAAUUCUUUGGCUCCGAGUUAUUUAUAUAAACCUUUUCUAUGCAGUGUUUGGUAUUUGGGCGAAAGAUAGAUAUGAACAUACCCCAUCUCGGCCCUUAUUAUAAUCUGAGCAUCUUUUUAUAUCGUGCUAUUUGUACAAACAAUUACCUUGUUUACGUUAUUAUAUGAAAUAAAUCUAUUAAAAAACUUACAAACUGAA